CGUCCCAGAGGUGGCCCUGGAAGGCCAGGUUUCACUCUGGCACUCUUGUUGCCUACAUGGGUUUGAUUUUUGCUGUCUCCUUCAGGGUGUAAAUGUCAUCUGUCUGCGAUGUCUGGGCUUGUGAGCAGAGCCAGCUUGCCCUUCGCCAAGUGAAUUGGAUGAGGAUAGUAUGACGCUGGUGUCCCUGGAGUGAUACCCUCAUCACCCUGUGUGUGGAGUUGAUGUGCUGAGAUGAAGGCAGGAAAGCACUCUGCUGAUAUGGGCUGAAUGCUGACUUUCCCCUCUCUUCUCAAGCAGUUCAGCAAAAGCUGAUGGAAUUCCAGGUUAAUGGAGGAAAUCACUUUAUACUAAACCCUUGGCCAUCUGCUCACUUUCCAAUUACAAACGCUGGGUGUGAUUUGUGGCUGUGCCCUUGGGAUGGGGUGAUGAGAGCAGCCCCAUAGGCUUGUGUUCUGAGUGAGGGGCAGCGUGCUCUGCAGUUGCUGGUAAGGAGCAGGGAUGAUAGUGGGCAGAGCUGCCUGCUGCAAGCUGUGUGGAAGGUUUCCUGGGGCUGAAUCCAUGUGAACACAGCUAGGGCCGUCGGCUGGGCACCUUGUGCUCAGGGUGAGGCAGGGUAGGAGGCAGCUGUCUGUCCCAGCAGCCCUGACAGCACACAGUGCAGGAGGAUGUUGCUAACUCUGGGUAGAGCAUCCCUGUGCUGCUGAAGUGAUAUGGCUGGGUCUUGCCUAACCUUUCCUGCCUCUGCCCAGCUCUUGCUCCCCGGUACCUGGCAGAGCUGGAUUAAGGAUACCUUGAGAGAAUGGCCUUCUGCCAGGUUUCAUUUGCAGUACUUCCAGCUUGGCCCUCUUUCCAGCAUGCGGGCCUCAGGGCUCUGUGGCCAAAGCUACAGCUGCAGCUGCAUUAUCUUGGACUACAGCGCUCCUUCACAAUGUGAGUGCUUGGUGGUGGGAGUGAAGACAAGGAUGUGGUGACUGGGAGGAGUUGUCCCUUUAAACACUGGAUCCAGGGAGGGUAAUCUGCCAGAGAUUAUCUGCUGGGGAGAGGAUUGGCAUUAAAGGAAAUGUCUCCUCCCUUUCCCCUUGUCCUACAGCAUGGAAACCAAGUUCACUUUCUCCUGGGGAAGUAGAGAGAGGCCUUUGAUUUGAGGGAUAAGGGGAGGAGGGCAGAGUGUGCGCUAUGGGACUGGGCCUCCUCUUCCUCGCCGUGCUGGCCACGCUGGUCUCCUGUGAGGACCCAGAAGGUAACAGGGUGUUUGGGGAAGAGGGCUUUACAGGCUGCCCAGCACUGCUGGCACCUGGCUGGACUGGUCUUUUGGAGCAGCGAGCAAGACCUUUGUCGUGCCCCUGUGGUGAGCACAGGGGAAGUGGGAGCUGGUCUGCACAAGAGCUGGGUGCUGCUAGAGGAUGCACUCCUCACCACAGCAGGGUGUGAGCUGGGAUGAGCCUUUGCUGGGCUAGUACCACCUCCCUGCAGAUCUCUGAGGACUGGGGAGCUGGCAGAAAGGGUGGUCCCUGGCCUCAACCCUGCUCUUCCUUGCUCCCUAUGGCACCAGGACACCUGGACACUUACUGGUCUGGCACAGCACCCAUCUGUUUGGGAGGCUGCAAGGGAAAGCACAAGGAGCUGAAGAGGAGCCAGUGUGGGAAUGGCAGCUGCUGCUGGCUGGGAUACAAGUCCUUCUGCAGAGUGAACUGCGGGCGACCCGAAGCAGAUUUCCACUCGGUGGUGUACGGUAAUGACUGGUGGGUCGGCUCCGUGGUGCGGUACAGCUGCAGACCUGGGUUCCUGCUGCUGGGGGACCCAGCCAGUGCCUGCCAGUCCGACGGCCACUGGACCCCCAAGCCUACCUGCCUCCGGAUCUGCCUGCGAGGUCGGAUUGAGAUCAGUGAGAGGGACAUCACUGGGAGAUGCUCUUCAUCUUGCAGCACCCAGGCCCACCUGGGAGCCUUCCUCAAACGCGGCUGCAUCAAGAUCUCGGGCUGUGUCACCAAGCACUCGGGCUGGGCCCGCUGGUUCCUGCGCUGUGAUGUCUGCGAGUGUGACUGCUAUGUCCCGUGUGGUGAGUCCUGACAGCUGCUGCUCACCUUUGCUUCCUCUGGAUAGAGUUGGGCCACCCAGGGCUGGCCCCAUGCCGAGGGAGGCUUCAACCCUGGAUAUCUGCUUACCUUCAUCAGUGUCUCCGUUGCUGUUCUUCUUUCUUAAGCUCCAUGCAUUUCAAGGCUGUCAUCUAAGAGGAGAGGAGAUGUUCUGGACUCGCUCUCUUGUAGGGCUGCCUUCCUGCCUGGCCCCAUCCCAUGACUCUCCAUUGGCAGGGGAUGUUCUAUGAGCAGCAGGCACUGAGGAGCUGCAUGCGUUUCCUGCAGCUGGGCUUGGGAAUGGUGCUGUCUUGACCCCCAUUUGCCUGGCUGCUUCCUAGAGAAGGUUCAUGUCCCCUUUAGGAGGGAGAGAACACGUGCCUGCUCACUAUCUCCAUGCCAUGGUCAGAGCUCUCAGGCCAGAGCAGCCUGACCAGUGCUGCACCACCCAUUGCUGAAGAAUCAAGUGUUAGAGUGGGACAAACUGCCCCCCAGCCUCCCUGGGAGUGCUAGGACCAGAACAGCUAAUUG